GAUAUAUAUAUAUAUAUGUAUGUAUAUAAUCUGUUGCCUCUUGCUUGAUCUGCAAGUUGAGAAGCCCCGUUUUAUUGCUGGAUUCGGGAAAAAUAUCAUCGGGAGAUCAUUCUGUCGCCGGCGGAGACACCAAUGACGAGCGAGCCCGAAGACGCUGUUCGCCGCAGGACUGCGGUGGCCGAUUACCGCAGAAAGCUUCUCCAGCACAAGGAGCAGGAGUCCAGAGUCCGAGGAGUGAGAGAUAAUUUACGGGCUACAAAAAAGGAAUAUGCUAAAACCGAAGAUGAUUUGAAGUCUCUUCAGAGUGUUGGACAGAUCAUAGGUGAAGUACUUAGGCCUCUUGACAAUGAACGCUUGAUUGUUAAAGCAAGCAGUGGUCCGAGGUAUGUUGUUGGCUGCCGCAGUAAAGUGGACAAGGAAAAAUUGACUGCAGGCACUAGAGUGGUUCUUGAUAUGACAACUCUUACUAUCAUGCGUGCACUUCCCCGUGAAGUUGAUCCAGUUGUGUACAAUAUGCUCCAUGAAGAUCCUGGUAAUGUUAGCUAUUCGGCAGUUGGGGGUCUGUCUGAUCAGAUCCGGGAACUUAGGGAAUCUAUAGAAUUGCCUCUUAUGAAUCCUGAGCUUUUCCUAAGGGUUGGCAUCAAACCUCCGAAGGGUGUUCUUCUCUAUGGGCCUCCUGGAACUGGGAAGACAUUAUUAGCUAGGGCCAUAGCCAGCAAUAUAGAUGCCAACUUCCUAAAGGUUGUAUCGAGUGCCAUAAUUGACAAGUACAUAGGUGAGAGUGCAAGAUUGAUUAGGGAAAUGUUUAAUUAUGCCCGAGAUCACCAGCCAUGCAUCAUUUUUAUGGAUGAAAUUGAUGCCAUUGGCGGACGACGGUUCAGUGAAGGAACAAGUGCUGAUCGAGAAAUUCAAAGAACCCUCAUGGAGUUGCUAAACCAGCUGGAUGGAUUUGACCAGCUUGGGAAGGUGAAAAUGAUUAUGGCAACAAAUAGACCUGAUGUUCUGGACCCUGCACUCCUUCGUCCUGGGCGGCUUGACAGGAAAAUUGAGAUUCCAUUGCCUAAUGAACAAUCCAGAAUGGAAAUUCUCAAAAUCCAUGCUGCUGGAAUUGCCAAGCAUGGGGAAAUUGAUUAUGAGGCAGUUGUUAAGCUUGCAGAGGGAUUUAAUGGGGCUGAUCUUCGUAAUGUUUGCACUGAGGCUGGUAUGUCCGCAAUCCGUGCAGAACGAGAUUAUGUCAUCCAUGAAGAUUUCAUGAAGGCUGUCCGAAAGCUGAAUGAAGCAAAGAAACUUGAAUCAAGCGCUCAUUACAAUGCUGAUUUUGGCAAGGAUUAGAACCUGGUUUUUAAAUGUUCUAGCUCAAGGGUGAUUGUUGAUGCAAAUUCUUGUUUAUCAGCCAAUGAUGAGGGUUUUGAUUCUCGGGGAAACACUAGAUUGCUUCUCUCAAUUUUAUGUUCAAACCUGUAUCUGCUUUCACUAAAUAUUCAAAGCCAGUGCCAGGAUUACUACUUAAUACCCAUAUUUUUCCACAUGCAACUAUCUUGUGUUGUGCACCCCAAAGAAAAUAUUUUACACUCUGUUCUGUUC